AUGAGUAAAUUCCCUUCGCUGGAAAAUCGGCCACUUAAAAAGAAGGGAUCAUGGCUUCCUGACGUCUAUACUCAACAAACGAGCCAGCCUGAGGAUGAACUUAGUGACGAUUUGGUCAAGGAUGGCUUUAAAUACAGAAAGCCUGUCAGUUCGGAAUAUGAUUCAGCAAAAAGCCUUUUAUCGGCUGCUGACAUGGACUCCGUAUGGAAUCUCUACUACAGUGUCCUCGUUCGGAAGACACACACGACAAGCAUAUUUGAUUCAAAAAGAAGAAAUUACACCAACUUUAAGGACACAGUGGUGCCAGCUAUUGAGCGGAACCGUUCGCAAGUUAGCGACUGGUUCAUUGAACUUUCAGGUUCUGGAUCACUUGUUAACCUCAGCAAGCGCCUGCCUUACUAUCACAAGGGAAAGGAAGAGAUUCUACAGAAGCUCUUAAACAAUCGUGUGUCCGUCUCCCGUGCUCUGUGGUUCAUAAACAUGAGCGUUAUACAAAGCUCCGCUCUUGCUGAAAAUGUUAAAAAGAAAUCACGCGCUACUGAUCCAACGUCGGAAUGGACUUCGACUUUGUUAAAGAUACUUGACCAUGUACCUCUUUUGGAGGCUGUGCUGUGGAAGAAGGUCGAAUUCGAAGGCGCCUGUCAGAAGUGGGAUUAUCUGUUUCGUUUACUAAUAGCUAUGUACGAUAAUAAUCUGGCUGAGCACUGCGAGGUUCUCAAGUGGUUUGUUGCCAAAAUCGAGGAGUUUUAUUCCGUAUGUUUGCAACCGGAUCCGAAGGAUGAGGGUCCCUUUGGCUCACCCAGAGAAGCAAAAGUGUGGUCAUUGGAAAACGACAGACUAGCCGUUUUCAAGUUUCUCUUGCCAAUAUCUUCGAAGUCGGUCUAUCCUUUCCUUAAUGGGUCUCCCCUCGAUCUGCUACCGUGUUCUCUCGCAUUUCUUCCCCUUCCGCCUGGACCAGAGGCCACUAAAAUUCGACAGUGCUUAAUGGAGACUGAGACAGCCUUGAGUGAGCGAGGGAAACUUGCUGAGACGGGUUGGUGUCUUUUCCCAUCUUCUGGGAAUGCUCGUGGAGAUGAGUGUAAUGAGUCGAAUAUCGGUUCACUUUUUCGUGUGCUCGACAUUCUUGAUCGUCAAGACUUCAGUAUUUCGAAAGAGUUAUGUCCACUCGAAACUCUCUUCGAGGAGUUAUUUUCGGUUUAUAAGCCGGAUGACCCUCGGUGCGUUUAUUCUCUGGUGACAUUCCUCUGUCAGUGGGCUGUCUCACCUACGCGUACGGGGCUUCACCGAGCCGUUGUCGUUGCCUGGCUUCUGGAACACUUCACAUCUACUUAUCAGUCUGCUACUCCAUUUUUUUUUCAAGAGUGUCUUAUUAAUUUUUUGGAUCAGCAUGCUCCCAGUCCCGCUGCUGGCGAAUCCAGUUGUUUUCGCUCCCUGGUUUGCCUUUUCGGGGAGCUCAUUGAUCGAGGCAUUUUUGAUCACGACGCCUACGUUCGAACUUUUAUUGCCAGAGGGAUUUUUGACAAUAGCUUCCAUCCAUAUUCCCAGGAAUCUCUUGGCUGCAAUCUGCCUAGCUCUUCGGGUCUGGUAGGCCCCCUGGGAACCUAUAAUUUGCCAGGAAGCUGUACAAACCGUGCCUCUACCAUGGGAUGUUCUAUCCUUCCAGCGACAAACUUAAGUGGAAAUUUUUCAAUACAGUCCGAGGUUUCCGAAGACAAUGAUCGCAACAGUGUUGAAAAUCCAGAUUCCGUCCGCUCUGAUUUUGGUGUCCUGUCUUCUGUCCCCGUGAACACUCGCCAUAAUCCUUCGAACUUGACGAAUGAACAUACCAAUCUUAACCACCAUUUGCAGUUCUUAAUCCAUUUUCCCAUUCCACAAGAUCCAUCAUACUCACAUGAACACAAUCAACGAGCUCAGCUUCUUUACGGGACCAUGCGUGCCCGAUGCAGGGCUAAGGAUAGAAUUCGUAAACUUGUGCGUGACCUUACCAAGGUGUUCACAAAGAACGCAUACCGACUUGAUGUUGUGCAUGGGGAAAUGGGUAAAAGAAAAAAGAACAAGGAUCGCGACAAGGAAUCAGCGGCUUCCGGCGGGACGAAUCCCACCAUCAGUCAGCGCACUUCUAAAGAUACAAGGCCGCUAGAGGAAAUUCACGAUGAGCUUAUGCAACGGUAUCGAUGCCUGUCUUAUUACGACAUGGAGUGUGUAAUCUCACAGACUACGCCCAUCUUCUUGCAGUCGCUCUCUGGCAGUGCUGGAUCGGGUGCUUCUGUCAGUAAUGAUACAGGGAAAAUCUAUGGCCUUCCUGACCAGCAUACUCUGCCUCUGACUUCCUCUCCAGUUCAAAUGGCUCCAAAUUCUGGCCAUGAAAAUCUCCCUCUACCCUCGUCCUCUUCGCAUGAGCCCGUCUACCUACCUGUUCCUCAUACAAUUUUCUUAUUCUUUGAUAUGAUUGAGGCCUCUCUAAACCUUACUUGUCUUCUAGACACUGUUGUGCAAACAUUGGAGCGUCUUCAAGUCGCAAGUCCUCGAUCGCAGUUCAUGAGCUCUUACAUGUCCAUCGUAUGUCUUCGAAUUAUCGGCAUUUUGCGAACCCAUCAGCCAGUUUUGAUGACUAUGAGUGAUUUGCAACUCCGUGUGUUCUCGUGUUUAAUGUUUCAGGCACGCCAGGGGAAGGAAAAAGCUCACUGCAAACUUUGUAUUGUCGCAUAUCUAACUGACCUCCUCAAGGCGAGCCGUAUUGUGGAACGGGAGAAUAAUCGCAACAACGGCUUCUUACGUCCCCCUGAACACUUUGAAAGUGCAUUCGCAGUGUCUCGGAAUUAUAUAGAGGAGUUGCUCACUAACACAGGAGAGAGUCGAGCCGCCUUCCGCGCCUGUAUUGAGGAUGUUCGGACGAACCCUCAGGCUCGAGUUAACUUCGUCUACAAGGCACUUGCUGCAGUCAGUGACUCACGAACCCACGAACAUCUUACCUAUCUUUUUGACCUUUUUGCGGAACUUAUGGCGCAGUGCAUCGAAUUUCAAAAGACCUGGUUUGAAGCCCUGUGCACUAUCGUUGCUUCUCGUGCGUACACGGAUCCCGGCAGUACGACCGUUGACAUGCCUGUGUGCCUGGAAAAUUCCAACAUUUGGGACAACUUGGCCUCACUUAUCGGCACCCUUCUUGCCAAGCAAUGUCUGCCUACUUCGGCUUUUUUCAUGCAAUUUGUUUGCCAGGCUCUUGUCCCGGGUAUCGAUCAGGGUUCAGCUCCGGUGGACCCUCAACACGAGCCAAUCAUGCUAAUGGUGCAUAGUGACAAGGGUGUUCCGGAUACGGAUGAAUCUGAGACGGACAAACGGUUAGAUGACGAGGGUGAUGCAAAAACAGGCAGUGUUAGGCUUUCGGAUCAGGAGGACAACUCUUCUGAUAAUGACACUAGAGGUGAUUCUGCAUCCGAUGACAAUGCUGACUAUGGCAACAGUUCUGUCGACACUCUAGAAGACUUGGAUACUGUUGAUGGUCCCACAAAAAGCCGCCGUAAGCGGCGCCGCGUGCAUCUAGCCUCUAAAAGCAAAAAACGUCGCGGUCGAGGAGCUCGAAAGAAUACUUCAUCCUCCCACACAGUUAAUCGACGGGUUCUGCCAAAUCGUAUACAUCCCGUCACUUGCAACUACUUGACCACCGGUACGCCACCCACUGAUGCUGAGAUAAAAUCGCUGCGUCUUCGAGAUUUUGCCUAUCUUGUUCUGCGUGAAGUCUGCGUAACUCCAUGGACCCGUCACCUGCUCCACAUCCUCUAUCAACCAUAUGACGUUAAGUGGGUAGAUACUGUCUUAAAAAACAACAGCAUCGCUGACGCAAUGAUGGCUCUUUUAAAUAAUUUGAGCAUCUGGACUCUUCACUCUACUUGGAUGGAAUUUGAGCUCUUGUACAAACAGGUGUCCUCGACACAGGAAACUGACCCAUUACCCUAUGUGGCUCAGUCUAUUGUCGAAAAUUUCAAUGAGCAGGCCUUGGGUUACCUCAAAGGCAGUUCAUCUGAUGCAGCCUCAUCUGCAGAGUUGCCCGACGGCCUUCCAGAUAUCGAGAUCCCCCAAAGCGACAAUAUUUGGCUCCUCUUGUCGUUGGUUACCAAAUUGCCGACGCAGCUGAAGGUAUCAAUUGUGAAAACAACCUGGGAUAUUCUUCGGAGCAUUAAACAAUUCUUGCGGCACAAGAACGAUGAAGACAAGGAAAGGGUUGUGCUCAAGCACUCGGUCAUACUGGCCCAUCCGGCAUUCUCAGCCUUGCUACAGGUCUGCAUGCAGGAAACUGACUCGAUUGACUACCUCUACGAGCAGGUAGAUUUCUUCCUGGCAAACGCUAAGGAGACACGCAAUCGGAUGCCGGAAAACCUACGCACUCGUCACGUCCUGCAGGAAUGUCUCAGUUUGCGUUUGGCUCUAGUGGGGAGAAGACUGUGUACCGAGAUGGAUGCUGAGCGCAUUUCCCGUUGGGCCGUCCUUUUGGCUCAGCUUAUUGGUUUUGGUGUAACGGAGCCGCACUCAAACCAGACCCUCUUUUUCACCUGCCUUGACAUGCUGCACACUCUCGUGCACAAUCUGGUUGCAGUGAAUGGUGCCGAGAGCAAAGUUUGCGUGAACUUAAACCGCCGGAUCCGUAAGGAACUCGCCGACCGCCACUUCACUGCCGGCAUCGAGUACAUCAAACCGCUCCUUUUCAUCGGUCGCUCUGGAGGUCCUGGCGCUGGAAACCGGGGUGAAGGUGGCAGUGGAACGGGAAAACUCGGAGGCAGCCUGAAGUCGAGCAAUCUGAAAAUGGGCAGCAAGUCAUCCACGGCAGCUUCCUCUUCUUCUUUUUCUUCGAGCGGCUGUGGCGGUGGUCGAGGUCUGGGUAGCUAUGGUCUAACCACUGGUGCGGGACUGAAGUCUUUCUCCCGCAAACGGGGCUACGUUUUUAGCGGCCGUGAACGCUUACCACCUUGGGAUGUAUACGACCCAAAUCGUCGUCUCCAGCUUCUGUCAAUGUGCGGCGCUGUUCCAACCGAAGCCAGCCUCACACGUGUGGAGGAGCAAGCUAACCUCUUGGUCAGCCACGAACAUCCAAUACGGAUGCGGCGUUCCCUAGAGUUUUAUUUUCAUUCCAUAUUCCCGGAACCUGAGCACGAAGACUCUGUUGCCGCGGCCAUCGCCUCUCCGGAGAACAAAAACCAUUUGGUUUUCGGCUCUCCCUCUAAACGCCCUCCACAGCAGCAACGAUCGUCUCCAGAAGGCGGUGUUCAGUUCAACGCUAACCCCUCUGUUAUUGCCCCAAACCGACCCUUGGGUCAACUUCCACCUUCGUCAGGGCUUUCCGCUAAAACGAUGAACAGCAAGUCCGACUUAGGACGUGUCUUCAGCAACGGCGGUAACCAACAACAGCCUCCACCCCAACAACCGUCAGUACUGCUACCAACGCUCAUGCCUCCGUCUUUCGUAUCUCACAGCGGACUAAUG